AUGGUUGCAAAACUGAAGCAGAACUUACUAUUGGCAUGUCUGGUGAUUAGUUCUGUGACUGUGUUUUACUUGGGCCAACACGCCAUGGAAUGCCAUCACCGAAUAGAGGAACGUAGUCAACCUCUCAAAUUGGAAAGCACAAAGACGACUGUGCGAAUUGGCCUGGACAUCAAAGCCAACAAAUCCUUUGCCUAUCACAAAGAUAUGCCUUUAAUUUUUAUUGGAGGUGUGCCUCGGAGCGGAACCACACUCAUGAGGGCGAUGUUAGAUGCACAUCCUGAUGUUCGCUGUGGAGAGGAAACCAGGGUCAUCCCUCGAAUCCUGGCCCUGAAGCAGAUGUGGUCACGGUCGAGUAAAGAGAAAAUACGCUUGGAUGAGGCUGGUGUCACCGAUGAAGUGCUGGAUUCUGCCAUGCAAGCCUUCUUACUGGAAAUCAUUGUUAAGCACGGAGAGCCAGCUCCUUAUUUAUGUAAUAAAGAUCCCUUUGCCCUGAAGUCCUUAACUUACCUUGCUAGAUUAUUUCCCAAUGCCAAAUUUCUCCUGAUGGUCCGAGAUGGCCGGGCGUCAGUACAUUCAAUGAUUUCUCGAAAAGUUACAAUAGCCGGGUUUGACCUGAACAGCUACAGGGACUGUUUGACCAAGUGGAAUCGUGCCAUAGAAACCAUGUAUAACCAGUGUAUGGAGGUUGGCUAUAAAAAAUGCAUGUUAGUUCACUAUGAACAACUUGUCUUACAUCCUGAACGGUGGAUGCGAACACUCUUAAAGUUCCUCCAUAUUCCAUGGAACCACUCAGUAUUACACCAUGAAGAGAUGAUUGGGAAAGCUGGUGGAGUAUCUCUGUCAAAAGUGGAGAGAUCAACAGAUCAAGUCAUCAAGCCAGUCAAUGUGGCAGCUCUAUCAAAAUGGGUUGGGAAAAUACCUCCAGAUGUUUUACAAGACAUGGCAGUGAUUGCACCCAUGCUUUCCAAACUUGGCUACGACCCAUAUGCCAAUCCACCCAACUAUGGAAAACCUGAUCCCAAAAUCCUUGAAAACACUAGGAGGGUCUAUAAAGGAGAAUUUCAGUUACCUGAAUUUCUUAAAGAAAAACCUCAGGCUGAGCAAGUGGAGUAG